CCUAUGGAUAUCUUCUGAAAAUCAAAACAAGGAGGGGUUGUGAUUGAAUCUAUUUUCAGAACGCGUCAUCAAGCCGACAUAUUCAUACUUGCUAGUUGACUGACGGUCUUCGGCUCAUCUCUGGUCUGAUUAAUCGGACAUGAUGCUUUUUAUGCUGCUUUUCAGUCGACAAGGAAAACUCCGGUUACAAAAAUGGUACAUGGCGUAUCCGGACAAAGUCAAGAAGAAAAUUACACGCGAACUGAUCACAACAAUAUUGGCGAGGAAGCCGAAAAUGUGUUCAUUUCUGGAAUGGAAAGAUUGUAAAAUUGUGUAUAAAAGAUAUGCAAGUUUGUACUUUUGCUGUGCAAUCGAGCAGAACGACAAUGAGUUGUUGACUUUGGAAGUUAUUCAUCGAUAUGUGGAGCUUCUUGAUAAAUAUUUUGGAAGUGUAUGCGAGCUAGACAUCAUUUUCAAUUUCGAGAAAGCUUAUUUUAUACUCGAUGAACUUCUCAUCGGAGGUGAAAUGCAAGAAACCUCUAAAAAGAAUGUAUUAAAGGCGAUUGCAUCGCAGGAUCUUCUGCAAGAGGAUGAAGCUGUUGAAGGGGCUUUAAGAGAUAUUGGACUCCUGUAGUCUUAUUGAUUACAUUUUACUAUUGUUUUGUAACUAAUUUUGUUUUCCUUUUAAUUUCGUUGCUGUUGUAGUUUUUCAUAGAGUAACCUACUUACUCAUGUAUAAGUUUAUUGUAACUAUCUAAUAUUUGCUUCAAUAGGUUUGUUGUUUAACUCUUUGUUUAAUUGUAUUCUGUAUUAUUUUCCAUGUUUUGAAUGUUGUAACUAGAGGUGAUAUAAUGCGAUUGCUUUGUUAGUUAUUUGUACGUAUUUCAUUGAAUUUUGAAUACCGUGAUAAGUCCCAAAGUUUAAUGAUUGGAAAAGUAAGAAGCAAGAUAAAAACUGUGAUUUACGGAGUCAGGUGAAUUCAGUUUUACUAAAUUGUUUCAAAUAUCAUUCCUGGUUAAAACUUUUGAAUUUCUAACGUCAUUGCUUUUAGAAUCCGCGUUUUGCUAAAGUUAGAAGGAAAUAUAAAAUUUAGGAACGACCAAUUUAGCAAAUCAAAUAGGAAGCAAUAAGUUUUUUGGCUUUAUAAAUAGUUAUGUCAUUGAGAAAACAAUAAAAAAAUAUUAUAAUGUCA